UUUACCUCACGAUCAAAAAAUUCAAAACUUAACUUCUGCUAGUACUAAAUACGGGCAUUUGGAAUUUUAGAGGUGGACAUUGCCUAAACUAGUAUUAGUACUCCAUCUCCUUAAUUGACGACCAUUAGUUAACAGCUUUUUUAUGAUAAUUUACAUUGAUAGAUAUUGUAGCAACAUCUUGGUUGACUUUUUACUUUAUUAAAAUCCUGACACCUAACCGAAAAAUACAUAUAUUUUUUUCUUACUCCUCACGACCUUCAAGCUCUACGAACAACCAAUCCCUAUAAAGAGCUACCAAAAUGCUUCACCAACAAUUUAACGCAGGUUUCGUGAUGCCAGCAGGUUCUCCUCAAGCUCCUGUAGUCAAUACAGUAGCAUCUGACGAACUAGACAUUCCCGAGUUCAAACAAUAUAAUAAAGAAAUAUAUGAAAGUUCAAAGUCUGGUAAUCGUAGACGACGCAAGACUACACGUGAAGAUUGCGAUACUGCUUCUUCUUUGGAUGGGUAUGAUGGAGAAGACGGCAAUGGUUCUGUGACACAUGCUGAAUUUCGUCGCCAAAUACACAUUCAAUCUGAGCAAAGACGACGGGCGGAAAUCAAAGAUGGUUUUGAGGAACUUCGUCGACAACUUCCUAUUAAUAAUAAUGGUCGUAAAAUGAGCAAAGCUCUUCUGCUCCAAAAAACCGUCGCUCAUCUUAAGAACAUGAAAUCCAAGGAGACUUUCCUUAUCGAAGAAGUUAAUCGUCUUCACCAAUAUAUCUCGUAUCUAGCCGCUGAACUCGAAAGAGAGAAAAGGUAAUUCGUUACUCUUUUUUUAAUUAUUAAACCUACCUUUUUUUUUAAAAAAAAAAAAACGAUUAAAUGCGUUAAUUAAAUUUCAUUAUAUUGUUGCGUUUAUUUAUUACAAUCAAUUACUUUUGUUAAUUUUUCUUUUGUAGAUUAAACGCUGUGUAUCAACAACAAGAAACCCUUGAUAAAAUUUAUGCAAUUGGACUAUAAAUAAUUUGUACACUACAAAUAUUGUCAGGAUUGGCUGCGUCAACCAAGCUCAAAUUCAAGUUAUUCCUUCUUUCUACCAAUAACAAUCUUUCGAUUUUAUUUGUGUUUUAAUUGAGUCAUUUAAUUGCAAUGCUCUUCCAUUCGUUCU